AUUUGAACCUUGGCGUAACCACACCUCGUUUCAUGCUGGAAGCCAGCCGUCCAAUGGAACACCUAACGACGGUACCGGAUGUAAAACUCUGAAAAGGAAAACAAAGUAAAGCUAUCACGAGGACGAAAUAGUGGCAAAGUGUCGUUCGAACAGUACUUUCAAGAUGCUUCCAAUUCGACUGGUAAAGGAAGGACGUAUCCAUUGGAACUUUGAACCAGGAUGCCCCAUAGUAAGUGUUAUGAGUCGUCGUUAUGCAACAGCAUAUUAAAAAUGCGCUGAUCCAAGUUACCCCGGAAGCCCAACAAGCUGUCUGCCGACACAAGGCGCGACACAACAGAAUUUUGCACGUUUGUGUAUUACAGUGUUCCACGCUCACCGACUACUAAGCAUUUACGAGGCAUUGGAUUGUAAAAGCGCUUGGAGAUGGCGGAAGGUGGUGGUGUAAAUAAUUCUGGAACUGCAAACCAAAAGACGCUUCCGAGAGGAGUGCUUGCCCGAUCGGGGUUGCCCUUACCAACUGGAACCAGGUUGAAUUCAAGCAUCAGGGCCCCUCGUGACCUCACCCUUGGAGGCAAAGUAGGCGGACCGCCCAAAAAGUGUCUUGCUCCAAAUCUCAUUCCAAAGAGUAAUGUCAGUUUAUCGGCAAAUGGCUUGGAGGGGCGCGAAAACGGACGUAGCGGAGUCGGUUCUCGUGGGGAGGCUGGAGGACGCAGCCGACAUGAUAAAGUUGGAAGUGGGUUUCGAGGGCGCGGUAGAGGUGAUGGAAAUCGAGGUCGGGGCCGUGGCCGAGGACCCAAUCUUGUACAACUCGAUGGUAUCUUCGUGGCAGGGUCAACACCCCCAGGAAAUUGCGGCCACAGUGGAGAAGGUGCGGGUAGUUCGGGACUACGAAGUUCUAAAGAUUCAAGCUUGCCCAAGUACAUUCCUAUGGAACAGGAAGAUUGCGAAAAUACGAAAGAAACCAUCAGUCGACUGACUAGGGCUGAUUUCACGGACUAUGGUGACGAAGACGAAGAAUGCGAAUUGCCUCUUAUGAUUCCUCUGACAACGGCACGUUACGGUACGACAUGCAAGGUGGAAGACUAUACUGGUCCAGAUGAAACGGAUUUGGCAAUGGAAGCAGAUAGCAGUGAAACGGAACGAAUAAAGCCAUUGAAAGUCGAUAAAUCCAGUGCAGAAAGCGAUCCAUCAGAUAUUGCAAGAAACCUUCUUGGCAUGUUAUGCUUAGGUCAUGGAGCUGUAAAAGCUGACGACGAAGGCACUACGUUAACCGUGUUUCAGCUUCCUAGACUUCCAGGUCCGUCCAAAGCAUCCCAGGAUGAGGAGCGUCGGCUGCUGCAGAAGGAUACAAAUUCUUGUAAAGCUCAAACCGACACCAGCCAGCAGUACAAGCUGAGACAUCUAUCUAAGGGAUAUCUCGGAAAGCUGCAGGUUCUACGAGAUGGCAGAGUUCGAAUGGUCUCAGGAAGAGUAUCAAUGGAGUUGCAAAUGGCAUCCGAACUACCACUAUAUCAGGAGCUCGUUGAAAUCCAGGGACGUAUGGUGAUCCCAAUAGCCAAAGUUGAAAACAAGGUCGUGUGUCGUCUUAAUCCAAAGGAUCUAGUUGGGGAAGGCACCAGCAAUAGCAACGUUCAUAAUAAUAGCCAAUGACUCUACAAGAAACCGAAAUAGAAAAAAUACCGUAUAUAACAGUGUUGAUGUUUAUUAUACACUGCCGCAUAAUCGAGAUGGUCAAAGACUGUUGUAAUUAAAUUAGGAUUAACUCUAGGAGAUGACGCUCCAGUAAGUAAACAAAUAGUAAAUUAUAUUAAAUUGAGAUGUAUAGGCUGUUCGAGAAGUUCCGAAGAAGAGAAGUUCGAAGCCCGAUGGCGCUCAAAAAAUUUCUACAACUAACUAUACAAAUGCAGGCCCACGAAGCUCGAACAACUCAUUAUUAUGAGAAGGGUGGAACAGCUGUUUAUCAACCAGCGAUUGAUGUGAUUUCGGUGUUACUCCGGUGGGACUGGCAGCAGUUAGAAGUGGCCACAUGCCUAAUGUUAGUGAUUAUAUGUAUUUCACCGCGCUGAACCGCAAAGUAGUGUAUGUAAACGUGAAUUUAACACGUAUAUUGGGGUGAGGGUGAGGUCUGUUUCGCCUUCUAAUAUACUGACUUAUGUCUUUUGCCGAAUUUGCAAAGAUGGUUGCGAACGUCUAAAAUUCAGUAAGCCUUUCUACAGUCAGAUCUGACCACCUGAUUUGGCAAGAUAUUUUAUGCUAUGCACGUAGCGAUGCACAAUCCGCAGAUAUCGAUGCAACAGUCCAUCGUUUCCUUCAUAGGAUUCUCCAUGAGAAAAUUGUGAUGUAAUUGUUUAUGUUAUAUAAUGUCAAAAAAAUUUUACUAAAGUGAUUGCGUAUAUGUAAGCUGGUAGAUGCUAUUGAGUACAUAUGAUACCAUAUUUGGUUCACUAAAUUGAUAACACGAUAACCAUUCUGAAACUCAGCUCUUUUAUUUCAUGCUAAAUAUUGCAAAUGCAUAACAUACAAAAUCGUAGUUUACUCAGCUUUUUUUAGCAGUAUAAAAUAUAUAAUUUAAUGGGUUCAGGCGAAUUGUAAUGAGGCGAAGUUGUCGGCUUUUGAUAGUAACUUCGCAGUAACAAAUUUGGUGUUACCAAUCUUUAGUUCCUUUUCAGUGAGGUCUGGCUCUCUUUACUGAUUCAGCAAAAUGUAUGUUGGACUAGAAGUAAAGAGAGGCGUUAUAUAGACUUCAGCUAAGUUUAUUUAAAUAUAUUUUAUAGCUUUACUGCUCCAUCCGUUUUUUCUAAGUGUCACAUUUCCGAUAGCUUCCACUUCUCUGCCAGCUCAAGGUAUCCACGAAGUAAACAAGAAAUUUUUGUCAAUAACUUUUGUCAGCUACUUGUCAAGGGGAAUCCUAAUUUAAGUAAGAAAAAAAGCAAUUUGUCGAUUAGUCCUUCAUAUCAUUUAUUCUUGACCGUUUCGAUAAACAAGAUGGCUUGCAAAGGCGCAAUAAGUUGCCCAAAUGUACUGAGUGUGGAUGAGAGAUAUAGUUCUACGACAAAAAUCUCCUUUAGUGAGAACACUGUUGUCCAUACAAGCUUGAAAGUGCAAGUGUAUAAAAUGUACAGAUAUGUAACAAGAGACAACGUUUGGUUGCGUUUAAUCAACACUUAUCGUUGAUAUUAUUUGACUAUUUUCUCAUUUGUGGUUGAAUAGAACUUAUUAAAUAUCAGGAGAACAACUGCUGUUGUUUUUGUUUACGUAUAGAUAGUAUUCUUUAUUAUGCAAGUGAAAAGAAAUAAUUCUUCGUUCAUAUAUUACAAAAAAAAUUAUAUAAUAAUACCUUUUUUAAAUAAAGAGGCCCUAAAAUAAAGACACGCACCCCUUGGGUCGAAAUAAUGAAGUGAUGUUUUUCUAGUAGGUUAGAAAACGAUAUUUGCAAAACAUUACUAUUGGAACUUAUAACCCGAUUGUUGGAAAAAGCAAAUAAACUGAUUGCGUUAGCUAUUAAAAAUGUCGAUCUUUCGAGCCAAGUAUAACAAACACCAUUAAAAGACAGUAUCCUGUAUAGCUUCCGUUAUCGUAUACCAGAGUUUUUCUGUCAUCAUUAUAGCAAUAUAGUUCAAAACUGGUAUUCACGAUGUGCCUCAUAGAUGAUGAAACAGCAAAC